GCAAACAUGUAGAACUGAACUGACCGUGAUCAUUGCGAGGAGCAGCGCAGCGCGGGAGGACGUUUCGCGCGUUUACGCUGUGUGAAUGUUAUUGUUGUGAAGGAAGAAGCCUGAUCAAUUAAUGAACUUUGAAACAGCUUGAAGGCUGGUGGUUGACAAGUUGCCAGACAUCGGAUGCGCGCCGGAUCCAACUGACAGGAUGGAGUGAGACCAUUUACGCACAGAGGUUGCCUCAAGGAUUGACCUUUGUGGGAAUCAUUCCUGAGACAAACACAUCGGUAAGGAUCAAUGAAGAAUGUGAGCGCGCCUGACUCUCUCCAGACAGGGUGGAUGCAGCCCUCGGCGGUGUCAUGCGUCUUGCCCCGCAGCCAAGCGCGCAACCCUUGCGGCUCUUAGUUCUGCUCCUCCUCACCGUGGGGGGGAUCACAUCCCCGGUGCUCACCCCGGGCUGCCCGGACAGGUGCGUGUGCGAUGACCAGCUGGUGGUUCAAUGCGCGGGGCAGCACCUGACCACCUUCCCGGUCAACUUGCCUCUGUCCACGCGGCAGCUCAUCAUCUCCAACAACCGUAUCGUGGAGCUUCCGCCGCUCGCGCUCAACUACCUCUCGGAUCUGGUGUACCUGGACUGCAGCAACAACUCCCUCACGGAGAUCUCCGAGUCCACGUUUGGGAAUCUACAGAAGCUGGCCUACCUGGAUCUUUCCUUCAACACCUUGGUGCGGAUCGAGGACAGGACGUUCGGGCCCUUGGCGAGCCUGGUGAUGCUGAGGAUGACCGACAACCCGGGGCUCUCGGAGAUCCACCAGGACGCCUUUGUGGAUAACGCCGCCCUGCAGGUGCUGGAUGUGAGUCGCAACAACCUGACGGUGGUGAACAUCACCUCCCUGAUCGCGCUGCCCGCCCUGCGUUCCGUGGGGCUCAGCGGGAACCCGUGGAGCUGCGAGUGCGAGAACGAGGACCUGUGCCUGUGGGUGCACCUGGAGGACUUCAAGUUCCAAGAUGAGGGCCAGACGGUGUGCGGCUCACCUGCUGACAUGCAGGGCCGUCGUCUUGGUGAGGUGGGCAUCCAGCUACGGACGUUAUGUCACCAGACCCUGGACUCCUGGGACUACCUUUUCUUUUUUGUCAUCGGCUUUGUCAUCUUUGCUGCUGGCACCGUGUCGGCCUGGGUGAUGGGCGUCAUUAUGGUGCUCUAUGAGCGCUACAUCAAGAGAAAAGAGGAGCAGCUGGACCCGGAAGAUGAGGAAGAACUCGGUGACAGGAGAGACCAUGGCAACGGGAAUUUGAAAAUGUCACAUACUGUUUAAAACAUUUAUUCCCACUCUUCCAAUUUAGGAUUUCCCACAGUGCCUUGUGACUACUUCCAGGACUGUAUGUGAAGUUUUAUUACACUUCAGUCAAACUGAGUCUGUUUAACAGGCUCCGCCCUGAAAGAGAAAAGAAAGGAUUCAACAGAGAAUCAGAAUGUCAUUCUUCACAUUUGGAGUGGGCUUUCGGGUGAUGUAACACUCUCUGGCUGCCAUUGUGGAGCUCUCUAGGUCCUGGUUAUUACUGACCGCAUAUGCAAAUGUAUGACUAUGUAGUAUUUAUUUAUUACUUUGUAAUUUUUUACAGGGAUAGAGCCAAUAAGCUGGUUAUCUUGGAAGCAGCUAGCUGGUCUGACUGUGACCGAAUGCUUUAGCUUUGUUGCUAAGAGUCAGAGAAGAUUAGUACCACUCACAUUUCUCUCAUCAAUUGACUUUUGAUCGUUUUUAACUAUAUGUUAGAAUUUUAGUCAUCAGAUGAUCUUAAUUUAACAGAGAAAAAGGCAAAGCAACAAUGCUUGUUAGCUGGCAGCCUUUCCAGACGGACGUUGAACAGCAUUGGAGACACACUGAGUUUGAUCAGAGAACUCAAAAAACAAGAUACUUGUUUACAGUUUCAGAGGUGCUAGUAGUUGUAUUUUGUUACCUUUUUAACAGAGCUCAGCUAGCUGUUUCCCGUUCUUUCAGGACAUUGUGCAAAGCUAUGCUUACCGGCUGCAGGCUAUAGGUUCAAAUUCAAAGAACAAAUGGAAGUGGUAUCAAUCAUCUGACCUAACUCUUGUCGAGAAUGCCAAAAAUGUGUCUAGCUACCCAUCGAAGAACAACAGUAAUCAGUGGCAGUUCGAGAUCAAUUUGACUGGGGGGGCCAGGCUGGGGCCAGUUAAUGCAGAACGAAAAAGACAAAGACAGUAUGAAGUAAAUGCGCAUAAGAAAACGAUGCAAUACAGUUAUUGGUACACAUUUAUUUCAGAUACUUAUAGUUACAGUUUUUACGCUCUAUGGGUCCGACUAGAAUGACAAAUAACGUUAGUUCCGCCAUUCCGUCAGCCAAGAAAUCGUUUAAUCAUAAACUUUCAUUUUCAGGGGGGCCACAGUCAGCAUUACGGGGGCACUGCCCCCCCCCCUAGAACCGCCCCUGACAGUAAUCAUCAAAGACUAACUCUGACCAUGAUAUUUUCAGCUACUUAAAAACAAGAAUGUCAAUGUUGUACAAUUUGUUUAUAUCUACAACGUUACAAAUUGGGUGGAAACACCUGACAAAAGUGAAUGACAAUCUAUUUCUAGACCCUAGCUAAUCCCUUAUACCAUAAAGAUAUUCAACAUAAUCUCCAGUGGACCUCGAUAAUGGCAACAAGAGAAUUGUGACUUUACAACCCCAUAUGUGAAAUUGUAUGUGAUAUGAUCUUUCUACUCAUAUGUUUGAGGAAAAGCAUUCGUGUGUAAAGGAAUACAUUCGUGUGUAAAGGAAUACAUUUGUGCACAAAGAUGUACACACUAAUGUGUAUCGUGCAUGUUUGAUUGAGCUUUUGCAGAACUGAGCCUUUUCGUUAUUGGUCCAGUGGGCUGCAGUUCUAAACUGAUAGUUUACCUCUCUCAUCUACUCUGAAAAAAACUGCAGUUGAGGCAUUUGUGUUGAAGAUCUGUUUGUGAAGUUGACAGACAGCAUGAGCCAACUGCUGAGGUCUGGUUUGGCAGUGGGCCCCGCUAGAUGGCAAGUAAACAGGAGGGUGUGAUAAUUGAUUUCCACUUCAUUCUCUCUUUGUUGGCUGACUGGUUUGAGUGCAGUGUCCUCUCUGUUUCUGCAUGCACUGUUGAUGCACCAAACAGCCUUACGAGGUGUGUAUAAGCUCUAAUUCAAUCAUUAAAGAACGAAAAAGGAUACUUUGAAGUGUUAACAUUUGAGACUAAUUCUACUGUCUGUACCACUGUCUGUUCCCCUGACUCGACUGUUAUUAACUGUUAUAAAGGAAGGGGCAGGAUGAGGAGUCCUUGUUUUACUGGGGGAACAAAUAGCUGAUCCAAUGUAUGUGUGCUGUAUCUGUACAAUCAGUUGUGUCUCGGAAUAUAUUAUCAUUAUACCUGAUUUAGGAACAAAAUGGACUUAUAAGGUAUCUGAGAAGAAGGGUAUCCUUCCACAAGGUUUGAACAAGCUGUUUUCCGCUCAUUUUAUGUUGUGCACAUUUUAUUAAAGUUUUAUUACGAAAGUGUACAGAUGAUUGAAUGUAUGAAAAUAUAGGUUACUCAUAAUUUUCACAGAGGGCAUCUUGACAUCAGUGAGAAAAGCACAGGUGUAGCUAAUAAAAUAAAUGACGGCCGGAUUCCAUUUAGCUUCUUCAAUUUCAGGAUAUUGUGCAUGCUGGUUUAAUGCCACAAUGCCAUGGCUCACUGGGACACUUAAAUGUUUUGUGAGCCUUAUUGUUAUUGGCAUCCCCUAUGCAUUUAUUUUACAAAUUUGAAAUGUCUGUUAAAAACGGCUAUUAUUUUGGCAUUAUGCUAAUAAUGAUAAUGGUUAAUGUGAACUCUGACUCCACACAAUCUGUUGUCUUUCUUUAAUGUGAUCUGCAAUACCACAGAAAAAAGCUGUUUUCACACAUUUACUGGCACUCGUACUGUAUGCAUAUUAGUGGGAUUUGUCCAGAAUCAAUUUCAUAUACAAAGUUAUUGGUAUUAACGAUAUAACAACAUACUAAGCAUGCUGGUUUUGGGUGGUUGAGUGUCAGCGUCAAACGCAAAGUUAAUUAUGUGCUUUACUCAUUAUAGACCCUUUUCAAACCAUUUGAUCUAUAAUUUCCCAAAAACAACAGGUGUAAUCAAUAAAAUGAUUGAUGGUCGAAUUCCAUUUACAUGCUCAGGUUUCAGGGCCCUGGUUUCAUGCAUCAUUUAAGGUAUUCAUUUCACCUGCAGUUCUCACUGAACGGGUCGCCCGGGCACAAGGGCAAGCCAAGUUGCCUAAAAAGACAAAAUGAUUACAAAGAGACACAAAACUACUUAAAAAAGAUCUUGACACAAAAUGACAAAAAA